CAUAACUCAAACAUCCAACAAUCGACACGCAUCGAUCCAUUCCACCUCACGAAUCAUUCCACAUGGAAUCACUUUGGUUGCUUUGUUUCACAGCCUCUCUUCUUCUUAUUCAACUAGGCACCGCCGGAGCACAAGCACCGGCGGUUGCACCCACCAUAAAACCACCACCGGUCACCGCCACACCUCCAGUAGCAGCGACACCACCACCCUCCUCAAGCCCGACGAGCUCACCACCUCCGGUCUCUACACCACCACCACCGGUGGUAACACCACCACCAUCAGCGCCACCGGCAUCGCCUCCUGUUCCGUUGCCGCCCGCAUCACCACCACCAGCAGCAUUGCCACCACCACCGGCAUUACCACCACCACCAGCAUCGCCACCAGCUGUAACUCCGGUGACGCCACCACCAAUGCCGCCACCGCCGGUGCCGCCACCAAUUCCACCGCCGCCAGCGACACCACCAGCCACACCUCCAGCGAUGCCUGGGCCAGCACCGGCACCGUCAAUAUCUGCGCCAGCACCUGCUCCGACGAAGGGUAAGGGGAAGCACAAGAAAAGAAGGCACAAGAAGAAGCAUGCGCCGGCACCAGCACCGACAGUGCCGAGCCCGCCGGCACCGAUUGCACCCACGCCACCUGAUGCGGAGGAUGUAACGAGUCCGGCGCCUCAGCCAAUUGAUCUGAAUGGAAGCACUGCAAUGUUUGAGAAGGGAGGGAUGCUCCGGAACUGGGUGGGAACCAUGUUGGCUAUGUUUAUGCUGUUGAUGGUGUCAAGUUAGUACCGCUUGCGGCUCCGUAGAACAAUCUUCCAGUUUUGCUCAUAUUACAGAGGAUUCUUAUCUUUAUUGUUUUCCAGUUACAAAUGCUAUCUUUAUAUUUAUUAUUAUAUCUGUUUGAGCGUGUAAUAGAGAAAGAGAUUUUUUUUUUUUUUUGAACUGUCUCCAACAUGGAAUGGAAUUGAUUCAACCACUUUAGUGCUCUUCUAGAGGUGGUUCUGGUAACAAGUGACAAGAUAUCCUAACUUUCACAUCACUGUAUUCUGUAUAAAUCAAAAAGAUAUUCCUGAUC